AUGGAUAAAAACAUCCAAAGGGGCCUGAAUGACAGGCUUUACGAAAAGAGAAAAGCCGCCGCUUUGGAAUUGGAGAAAUUGAUCAAAGACCUGAUAAAAGCCGGCGAUUCUAACAAGAUCAAUGAAAUUAUCUCGAAGUUAUCUAGAGACUUUGCCUACGCUGUUCACCAGCCAAACUCAAGAAAUGGAGGUCUCAUUGGAUUGGCUGCUACCGCAAUUGCCUUGGGACAGCAUGAAGUACCAAAAUAUUUAGAGAAGAUCAUUCACCCCGUUUUGGCGUGUUUUGGUGAUCAGGAUGCAAGGGUUCGUUAUUAUGCCUGUGAAUCUCUAUACAACAUAUCCAAAGUCGCCAAGGGUGAAAUCUUGCUGUAUUUCAACGAAAUUUUUGAUAAUCUGUGCAAAUUGACUGCUGAUUCAGAAGUCAGUGUCAAGAAAGGUGCUGAUUUACUGGACCGCCUCAUCAAAGACAUCGUGGCUGAAAAGGCAACCACCUACGUGUCUGUCUUGAACGUCAAAAAACCGGAGGAUUACAAGGAGUUAAAGUCCACUGUGGAAAAACCUAAUGGAAAGACAAUCCAAGUUAAUGAGCCCCAAUCUCCAUUGGCUUUUUCGCUUCCCAAGUUCAUCAUUUUACUAAAGGAAAGAAUUUACGUAAUGAACCCCUACGUUCGUAUGUUUCUGGUUUCUUGGAUCAGACUUUUAGAUUCUAUAUCAGAUUUAGAUUUGAUUUACUAUCUUCCGACUUUUUUGAGUGGCUUGAUCCAGUUUUUAAGUGAUGGACAUGAUGAUGUCAAAGUUGCUACCCACAGUUUGCUUGAUCUACUGCUCCAAGAGAUCGAAAACAUCAAUGAGAUAAAAAAAAUACUGCAAGAAUCAAAGAAAGAAAAUACCACUAAUAAGCUAACUUUAGACAAUGAAAGUGGCUCCUCAGUUAAAGUUGACCAUCCGAUCCAGCGUAUUGUCGAAGGAAACUAUAUACAUGGUCAAGAUAUUAAUCUGGAUUUUCCAGAGAUCAUUCACAUUCUAAUAUCCCACUUAGAUUCAUCCAAGGAGGAAAUACAAAUUGUUGUUCUGUCUUGGUUAGCCACGCUACUAAAAAUAUCACCCUUGAGUUUUAUACCCCUGAUACCUGAUAUUCUGAGCAUUUUACUGUCAAUUGUUGCCCAUGAGGGAACGUCAAGAGAGAGUGCAAUACAACUGAACUUGGAGCUUAUGAAAUUAAUCGAAGGGCAUGAGAUUGAGGGUGAUGAUAAAAGUUUGAAUAUUUCCCAAAUUGUUAAAGUCUUGACUUUGAAUUCCUUGAACGACAAAGAACAGACUCGACUAGCAGCCUUGGACUGGUUAAUAAUGUUGAAUGACAAAUGCUUCGAAGAAGUUCUUUCCAACAAUAAUGAAACCAUAUCCGUGCAUUUGCUUCGAGCUAUGAGUGAUCCCAGUGAAAAGGUUAUUGAUAAAGUUUUACAACUGCUGGCGAACAUUGCCAACAGAGGAAACGAUAAAUAUUUUGAAUCAUUUAUGAUAGACCUACUGCAGCUUUUCAAAAGUGAUAGACUUCUCUUAGAAAGUAGAGGUAACUUUAUAUUAAGAACCCUUUGUAUCUCUCUUAACCCAGAGAUGAUAUACAGUUCAUUGGCAAAAGUUUUAGAGAAUGAGCCGGAUCUUGGGUUCAUAUCGAUUAUGGUGCAAAUGUUGAACAAUAAUUUAAUCACUGCUCCUGAAUUGACCAAGUUGAGGCACAAUCUGAACCUAAAAAGUAAUAUGAACGAAAGCGAAGAAGAUUGGAACCUUUUUAAAAGGUUGUUCAAGAGCUGGUCUCACAAUCCACCAGCGUUACUUUCAUUAUGUAUGCUAUGUCAAUCUUAUCAGCUGGCUUUCGGCAUUUUGGAAACAUUUACAGAAAACGAACUAACCGUUAGUUUGAUGGUCCAGAUUGACAUACUAGUUCAGUUACUAGAAAGUCCAGUGUUUGCAAAACUGAGAAUGCAGCUAUUGUCACCGGAGUCAAAUCCUUAUCUCUACAGAUGCCUCUAUGGGAUAUUGAUGUUGCUACCCCAAUCUACCGCAUUUCACACGCUGAAAACUCGUCUGGAUAGCGUUUCAAAUAUCAACAACCUUCCUAUACCUUCCAAUAGAAGAAACAGUGAAGCAAAAAUCGAGAGCCGAAUAGAAGAGAAACUUGAACUAUUAGAAAUUUUCAAGUCCAUUCAACAAAAACACGAAGAAUAUCGGCUAUCUGAACUAAACAAAAAGGCACCCAGAGAUUAUGACCUUGGCCAACUAUCAAAACUUUCUUUGAACCCUGCUAGUCCUAAGACGGAAGAAUUUAGUGAUAAGUCAGGAAUUGGAUCAAAUAAAUCUGACAAAACAUCCAAAAAACAGAGUACCUUGGUAAGAAAAAUUUCAAGUCGGCCAUUUGGAAUUGGAUUCAAUAAUAACGAUAAAGAUUGA